GUUACUGGUUCCGAGAAGCAAAUGUAAGUUCUGGGGUGACCGUGCAUUUUCUGUGCUGGCUCCCAAACUCUGUAAUAAUUUGCCACCAGUUGGAAGAGAAGUUACAACUUUGGAGUCUUUUAAAGCCAAACUGUUCCUCCAUUAUAGCGCUGAAGUAUCUGCCUAGCUGCCUUUUAAUUAUUUUUUAUUGAUUGUAAUUUUUGCUUUUAAUUUGUUUUCAUGUUUUAAUUUAUUUAUUUAUUUUUUUUGUGAUUUGUAUCAUUUUUAUCAAUCUGCUCUGUCUUUCUUGUGGACAGCACUUUGGGUCUCCUUGACUGGUAGUGGAAGGUCCUUUAUAAAUGAAUGUAGAAUAGAAUAGAAUAGAAAAUACUUUAUUAAUCCCUUUGGAGGUCCUCAGGGAAAUUCAAGAAAAAGAUAUGUAAUAAAAUUGCAAAGAAAGAAAAAACACAGAAAAAAUAUAACAACAAAGGCAUGCAGGUACGGAGACACUGGUAAGGCAGCCGUAUCCUACAGCGCCGGAAGAUAAAUAAUGUAUGAACUCUUUCGUCUUUUCCAGAUCACGUAAUCUGCAGUUGCAAUUUGCCCUGCAGAGUUGGAGGCCACUUUCAUUGUCCUUUGUGUUACAAGACCAUUAUUCGCAAGGACCGCAUGACAUCACAUCUGAGAGAGUGUCAAAAAAUAAGUGGUCCAACCCAUGCCCUUACGGUGGUUCAACCCAUGCCGUUAGCACCCGAUAAGCCACUUUCACGAGAAAGUCAACCUUCUAAAGAAAAUAUGGUGUGUUUAGAGCACUCAUACUUCCUGGCACAGUCUGAGUUCUCACAAGCUUUUGACCAUUCCUAUGCACAACCUGCAUUAUCCAAGACAACUGCUGGUGCCACAGAUAUUGAUCAGCCUUCUCCUGCUUCCACCUCAAACCCCCAUCUUACUCAAGAGGAAGACCUCACUCCUCAAGAGGAAGACCUCACUCCUCAAGAGGAAGACCUCACUCCUCAAGAGGAAGGUUUGACAACUCACAAGAAAGAUCUCACUCCUCCAGAGGAAGGUUUGACACCUCACAAGGAAGAUUUCACUCUUCCAUCAACCCAUAUAAAGUGUCCUCACUGCCCAUUGACCUUAUACAAAAAGAAUUUGGCCGUACAUAUUAAGAGAAUGCAUAUCCAACUGGAGGAUGUUACAGCAAGUUCCCACUUAAAAACUGUCUGUGUUGACCAAAUCAAUGGGAUUUAUGCUGUCAGGAAAACAUCUCAUGGUUUCAGUGUGCCAGUACAUGUCCAACGGAAGACAUGGGGUCAAGAUCAUCAGACUAAAUGUGAAAUGGAGGACUGUCGUCAAUAUCACUUGCUUGCACAACGCAGCGGACUGCCUCACAGCAUGUGCCAUCACAUUCGUUCUGUGGACUACUGUAGUGCCACGGCCACUGAAGAGCCACUACGACAACAAGUUCUGGACGAAAUGGUGGAAAACCAUUUUUUUGGCAUCUCCAAGGUGAAUGUGUGCAAAAAAAGGCAAAGAGAAUCAGAGGAAGCGCAUUGUCCACUGUCAGUUUUCGUGAACCUUAGUGAUUCUAAAAAGAACAUUUGCUUUUCAAUUUAUGAACCCAAGUUACACCAUUACAGCACUCUGGGCAGGGUUAUAGUCACCCACAACACAAAGAAGAACACCUGGCAUUGUCCCUGUGCAAAGGCACGCACAUCUUGCACACACAAGAACAUCGCGAAGUGGCACCUUUUUCAAACGCACAAGCAUCUUUUUAUGACUGCACCACUUUCAAAUACAACAUCACAAGCAACUCCCAAUCCAAGCCAUUCUCCUACAACGGAUUUGGCUCGAACCGUAAAGUAUGUAUUUGAAUUCAAAAAAAUACCUGCCACUCUCCCAGAAGAAGUCACCGCUCAGAGAGCUUUGCCAGACUACAGGAAGUGUUUGCUCCCAGACGAGUCAACUUGUCAGCUGUGUCCAGAUCAUCCAGAACUUCAGGAGGCCACAUUAGUCACAAAAAAAGCCAGAAUUGUUGGCAUGCAAGGUGUGAUUCAAAAUGUCUCAACGUACAGUAAAUGUUGCCCCAGUUGCAAGUUGGUCUAUCGAUAUCAGGAGUGGAGAGAUGGACUUCACAACUUCAAUGACCAUGUCAUUAUGACUCUUCAGCUUUGUGUGUACUUGAGACACAAUCUCCAGGUAUGACUAUAACAAAAAAAAUAUUCUUUUUUUUGUUUAGCCUCAAAAGUACCUUAUUUUUA